AUGUCGAUUUCUAGGUUAAGAUGUGUUUUCGUUCCCAAUUUUUCUCAUUUUCAAUGUCAAAACCCUAUUUUCCUUCCCUGUUUCCUCUCUUCUUACUCGAUGCAAUACGACCAAGACAAUCUUGUUUCCGAAUUCAAUCAAUUACUCCAUCAGAAUCCUACACCAACCAUCUUCCAAUUUGGCAACAUUUUAGGUUCCCUUGUCAAGGCGAACCAUUACUCCACUGUUGUUUCACUUCAUCGACAAUUGGAAUUGAAGACAGGAAUUGAAUCAAACUUAGUCACUUUGAACAUUUUGAUGAAUUGCUUUUGUCAAUUGGGUCUAAACUCUCUUUCAUUUUCUGUAUUUGCCAACAUUCUCAAAAAGGGUUACCAGCCAAAUACCAUAACUCUGACUACACUCAUCAAGGGACACUGUCUUAAAGGCGAGGUCCAUAAAGCAUUGCAGCUUCAUGAUAAGAUGGUAGCACAGGGGUUUCACUUUAAUCAAGUUUGUUAUGGCACCUUGAUCAAUGGGUUAUGCAAAGUUGGAGAAACAGCAGCAGCCCUGCAGUUGCUCAGACAAGUAGAUGGGAAAUUGAUUCAGCCUAACGCGGUAAUGUACAACACUAUUAUUGAUAGUAUGUGCAAAAGUAAACUUGUUAAUGAUGCUUUUGAUUUAUAUUCUGAAAUGCUUGCUAAGAGAAUCUAUCCUAAUGUUCUUACUUAUAAUGCAUUAAUCUAUGGCUUUUGCAUUGUGGGUGAAUUGAAAAAUGCUGUUGGUUUGUUUUGCAAAAUGAUAUUAAAAAAUAUCAACCCUGAUGUGUAUAGCUUUAAUAUAUUGGUUGAUGCAUUUAGUAAGGAAGGAAAAAUGAAACAAGCUAAAGCAGUGGUUGCUGCCAUGAUGAGAAAAGGCAUAAAACCUGAUGUUGUUGCAUAUAACUCUUUAAUAGAUGGAUAUUGCAUGCGUAAACAAGUGAACAAGGCCAAUGAUAUAUUCAACGCUUUGUCCUUGAGGGGAGCGGCUGCUGAUAGUUGGAGCUACAAUAUCAUGAUUAAUGGGUUUUGUAAGAUUAAAAUGGUGGAUGAAGCUAUUAAUCUCUUCAAAGAAAUGCAUUACAGAAAAAUCAUUCCCAAUACGAUAACUUACAAUGCUCUUAUUGAUGGCGUUUGCAAAUCAGGUAGAAUCUCAUAUGCUUUGGAGCUUGUGGAUGAGAUGCAUGAUAGAGGUCAACCGCCUGAUAUAUUCACUUACAAUUCUAUAUUGGGUGCUCUAUGUAAAAAUCACCAUAUUGACAAGGCAAUUGCAUUGUUACGAAAAUUUGAAGACCAGAGUAUUCAACCAAAUUUGCGUACAUAUAAUAUUCUUAUUAGAGGGUUGUGCCAAAGUAGAAGACUAGAGGAUGCACGAAAAGUUUUUAAAGAUCUUUUGGUCAAAGGAUAUGAUCUAAAUGUCUAUACAUAUACCAUUAUGAUCCAAGGGUUUUGUGACGAGGGCUUGUUUGAUGAAGCAUUGGCCUUGCUGUCAAAAAUGAAAAACAGUGGCUGCAAUCCAAAUGCUAAAACUUAUGAAAUAGUUAUUCUUUCUCUGUUUGAAAAAGAUGAAAAUGAUAAGGCAGAGAAACUUGUUCGUGAAAUGAUUGCGAGAGGUCUAUUUAAAGAUUAA